CAGAUACUCUCUCAGUCGGGCUGUCUCUCCGAAGAGACAGCUGAAGCGCAUUGCAAUGGCGUCGUCGUCUCUGCGAGUGGUUUCCACGAACCCUCGGCCUUCAUUUUUUCAGUCCUCGUUCGUCCCCAAAACCCUAGUCUCGUGCCCGACAUCCAUCAAAUCCAGACCGGUGAACCCAGGCAGACCAAGUCCAGUGCGGUGCGUUCUCCAAUGGAACCGAAAGCCGGAGCUCGCCGGAGAAACGCCGCGUGUGGUGGUUAUCACCUCUGGCAAAGGGGGUGUCGGCAAGACGACAACGACCGCCAAUGUCGGCCUAUCUCUCGCACGUUACGGCUUUUUCGUUGUCGCCAUUGACGCCGACGUCGGCCUCCGCAACCUGGAUCUUCUCCUAGGCCUGGAGAAUCGAAUCAACUAUACAGUCGUUGAGGUCCUCAAUGGAGAUUGUCGUCUCGACCAGGCUCUGGUACGCGAUAAACGUUGGUCGAAUUUCGAGUUGCUCUGCAUUUCAAAACCUAGAUCGAAACUUCACAUGGGGUUUGGGGGAAAAGCAUUGGAAUGGAUCGUCGAUGCCUUAAAAACCAGAGAAGAGGGUUCCCCAGAUUUUAUCAUCAUCGAUUGUCCUGCUGGAAUAGAUGCCGGAUUCAUAACCGCCAUAACUCCGGCAAACGAAGCAGUUCUUGUGACAACUCCUGACAUAACAGCGCUCAGAGACGCUGAUAGGGUUAUUGGUCUGCUUGAAUGUGACGGAAUUCGAGACAUAAAGAUGAUGGUUAACCGUGUGAGGACGGAUAUGAUCAAAGGAGAGGAUAUGAUGUCAGUGUUAGACGUGCAAGAGAUGCUGGGUUUGGCUUUACUUGGUGUGAUUCCUGAAGAUUCCGAGGUUAUCAGAAGCACAAACAGAGGCUACCCGCUUGUUUUAAACAAGCCUCCCACUCUUGCGGGAUUGGCUUUCGAGCAGGCGGCUUGGAGGCUGGUGGAGCAAGAUAGUAUGAAGGCUGUUAUGGUGGAGGAAGAACCCAAGAAACGCGGGUUCUUCUCGUUUUUUGGCGGCUAAAUGGAACAGAUGGGAAUGGAACUUGUCUGGUUGCAUACUUAUGCUUUUGGAUGGCUUAGCUGACCUUUGUGCGUAACCAAACUUAAUUCUAGCUCUUAGCAUCUUUGGAUAGUAACCUAGGUUGUCAUGAUAUCGUCGAAGAGACUAUUGGACAACAGAUGUUCUUUUGAUGGAUAUUUAGAGAGUUCAAGUGCUAGUUUGUUGAUGAGGAAAAACUUGAACUUGGUGCCCUUUUGUUCUCGAUGUUCUU